AGUUGCAGAGGAAGUACAUAGAAGAGAUAACAAGAAAGAAUUGUCCGUACAUUAAUGGCGGCGGCGAAAUCAGAGACAAUACCAAACCCUAGUUGUACGGACCCGAGCAAGAAGGACGAAAAGAAGAGGAAGAAAGUGUCCGAGUUCGAGUACUGCAAGGUUUGCAAGCUGAAUCACGACCAAGGCCAGCGCCACAAGUACUUCCCCAGCCACAAGAAGUCUCUCUCCAUCUUCUUCUCCAAAUUCCAGACCAAGCUCUCCGACGUCGGCUUCUUUCUCAGAAACCCUAGCCUCCUCCGCUCCGAACACGCCUCUCGCAACCGCGUUUGGUGCGUCUUUUGCGACAUGGACAUCGACGAGCUCGGCAGCGAGUUUGCUUGUGAAAAUGCGAUUAAUCACUUGGCGAGUGCGGAUCAUAUGAAGAAUUUGAAGCAUUUUUUGUGGAAGUACGGUGGAGGAAUGGAUUUCAUCGAUAAAUUUAGGAUAAAGGAAGCUGAAGUUGCAAAGUGGAAGAAAAAGUGCAAAUCGUUGAAGAGUGAAGCUGAAUCGUCUAAUAAAGCACCAGAUGAUAUCCACAAUGAACUCAACUAUGUAAAUACCACUAGUUUUAACAUAGAUAAUACGAAUAUAUACUCUGUUAAUUCAAGGAAUUCCAAUAGUGUUAUGCCUUUACAAUGUCAUACGAAUGAGUAUCAGGUAUCCCAUUCAGGGCUCUCUGAAGUUGCGAAUGCUGGCUUGUAUUCAGCGGAUGUUGCGUCUUCUUCAGCUUUGGAGACGCAUUCUGGUACAAGUUCAAUAGAUUUUUCAACAGGUAUGCCAAAUAUCACUCAAAUUUUUGUGCCUGAAGUGGCUGGAGGAAAUGUGCAUACUGGAGCACCUCCUCCUUGGUUUGAUGCAAUUGAAGAAAGCCAACUAAAUGUUGGACCACAACCAGUCUUGGGUAGUUUUCUUUCUUCAUCAAAUAAUUCAGGGAAGUCCAAGAAAUUGAAUCCAAAAAGGGUGGGGGCAGCUUGGGCAGAAAGGAGAAAGAUGGAGAUGGAAAUGGAAAAGAGAGGGGAGCUUGUGAAGAAAGAGUUUGAUGCAAACUGGCUUCCUAAUUUUGGUAGAGUCUGGCAAUCAGGUAGCCGAAAAGAGUCUAGAAAAGAAUUUGAGUUUGAGAAACAAAACUUAUCCAAAGUUGGAAGUCAGCCUGCUGAGCCAGUUGAGAUACUGCCUUACAUUAGCAAACGAAUAAAAUCUGAGGAGAGACAACCAUUAUCCGAGGUUGAAAGUCAGCCUGCUGAGACAGUUAAGAUACAGCCUUACAUCAGCAAACGAAUGGAAUUUGAGUUGGGGAAACAAAAGUUAGCCAAGGUUGAAAGUGAGCCUGCCGGGCCAGUUAAGAUACAGCCCUACAUUAGCAAACGAAUGGAAUUACAGUUGGAGAAGCAAAAGUUGCCCAAAGUUGAAAGUGAGUCUGCCGAACCAAUUAAGAUACAGCCUUACAUUAGCAAACGAAUGCAAAGAGAUGGAAGCAAAUGAAUGUGUUGCUCAUGGUUAUGUUCUGCAAGUGACUGAUGACACUGGUGGCAGUUGAUCCUACUUUUCCUCCCGCAGUUUUGUUUUGGAAGUGAAAUGGACCCAGAAUUUUGUAAAUAGAUGGAAAGGAAUCACAGCAAGAUUCAGAUUGAAUUUUAUAAGUAGUUGUAGGCUACUGUACAAAAAGUGCUGUCAGUCAAAAAUCUGGGUAAUAGUUUUCUCAUGGGGGGAUUUGAGUCUGUAGGACUGAAAUUCCUUAUAAAUCUUGCCAACACAUUUAUACAUUCAGAAAAUGAUAAUGAGCUUUCGUUCUUUAGGAAAUGAUUUUUAGAAACGUCAAUAUCUUGAUUAAUAUGACGGACACGCCUUUUCUAGUUUAGCAGUUAAGCUAUCAUCUGCAUCUUAUCGUGAUUCUGAACUAGAAUAACAUGUAUUAGUUUGAAGAAAUUUGAUACUAUAAUGGGACGUGUUUCGUUGUGCUUAUACAGACAGAUUUACUUACAAAAAGAAAAAGAAAGAGAAGGAAAAGAGGAUAAAAAAAUGGAAAAAGAAGAAGAAAGAAAGAAACAAGUUAUUAGACUAGCAUAACUGUUUCAGAAGGGCAAAAUUUUGUAGAAUUCAGUCGACCUCUGAUCCUAAAAUUCCAAAGUUUGCCUUUGGAAGAAACUAAGUUCUCAUCACAUAAAAACUCCCAGGAGAACCAUUUCUCAAUCAUCCGAUCAACAUCGUGCACUACUACAUCUGUCAUAUUCCCGUUUCUAGCUAUCACAGCAGCUGUAUAUAUUGCAGCCAUCCUGCCCGGUGCCUCUGGUGAAUUUCCGCUUGGCCCAUCCACCACAACUAUAUCCCAUGUGCCUCGUACUCAACCUUGUAGAUUCUGGUGGUGUUGAACUUUGGCUUUGUCACAUUUAGUUUCUCAGGAUCGUCCUCCAGAAAGAUGGUGGUGCCACCGGCGUUGAUUGAAGAAAGGAAUAGGUAUUCGGAUUCGAGCCCGAAAAUGAGGAUGUUGCAGGGGGCUUUAUGAAUAACCAGAUUGAAUAGAAGCUGGAAUUCCUUUUCUGUGAGCACGCUGGCAUUUGGGAAGGUUCGUAGAAACUUUAUCUUGGACUCUGAUGCAUGUGAAGGAACUUGAGUGCAGGCUGGAGAAGGUGAAGAAUGUGUUUCUUGAAGAGGAGGAGGAAAAGUAGGCAAUGGAGGGGAAGAAGAAUAUGAAGUAACUGUAAUUCUAAGAAGUCUGAGGAUGGAAAUGAUAGCGAGGAUUAUAAGGAGAAAAGGGAUGGUUUUCUUCUUGGUAAAGUUCAUCUUUUUUGUUCUUUGGCAAUAUUUCUGGCUGGAAAGUAGCUGUAUCGCUUCAGGUGAUAUUGGAGAAGAGGAUCGAACUAGUGGGGUUACAAGAGAACGGCAAUAAGGCACUUCUGGGGGCAUUUUUUUGGGUUCUCUCUUUGCUUUCAGCUCGACAAAAGCCCCUGCAACAUUCUCCUUGCAAAGAGUACUAGUCUUGAGUUUUUUGUUGAUUUAAGUUAUACGAAUUGGUAUGGUAUUGGAUCUUCUUGAGUGAGAAAGAAGGAACGCUUUGCUUUUGUUUCAAUGUUUCCCAUUUGCCUU